GUAUGAGAGUGAUCUGAAGCCCAGCAGCAACUCUCCCUCUAUGGAGGAGGAUGAGGGCUUCAGUGACUGGACACAGCGGCUGGAGAGACGCAGGCAGCAGGCCCAACGUAUGGAGGAGCUCAGUCAGGCCACAGAGGAGCAGGACCAGAGGCCCCUGAAUGGUGCCGCAAAGCCCCCCACACCAUAUACCCUCUCUGUCUCAGCCACCCCCACCUCAUCCACCCCCACCACAUCCACCCCCACCCCAUCCACCUCUCGCCUGCAGAGAUGGCACAAGGCAGAAGCGGAGGAUGAAAAGGAGAAGAGGUGGGAAAGAAAGGAAAGUGAGAGGAAAGGGAGGGAGCAAGAGGAGGAGGUGGUUAGAGAAGAGAGGGAGAGAGACAAGGAGGCAGAGAAACAGAGGCAGGAGCAGAUGAGAGUGCUGAAGAAGAGACAGGAGGACCAAAGACCAGAUGCUGAGAAGGAGGUACUCUUUAGCAUUACUGAAAAAAAUGACCCAACAACAACAAAAAUAUAUAUAGGCCAAUAUGUGAUUAAAGAAUAAAAUAUAAAUGAUGAAUAUGAUUAUUAAAAAAUGUAUUUAGUUGAAGUAGUCAACUUUGGAGAUGUUUAAUGUUCUUUGCAACUCCAGGUGAAAGAGAAGAGAAAAGAGGUGAAGGUCUCGUACACAUCCAAAGUCGUUCUGCAUACAGAGACAAAGCCUGGCAACGCCAACGGAGACGCAGCUGGGGAGAAAGUGACAUCAUACAUUGCCAAAACCAAAUUAAGGGCUCCCAGGUAAAUCAUGGCGUAUUGUGGUAUAUGGAUAUGUCUCACUAGAUCUGCUUCCAAAUUCAGUUUCAUGGUAAGCAAAUCAUAUUGCAAUUCACAUUGUGACUCCUAGAUGUUUCACAUUCUAAACCAACAGGAUGGUGAAAACUAUUAGGAGACAGAGACAUCUCUUCAAAUCCUCCACCUCUAUAUAUCCACCUUUCUUCCUCCAUGCAGUCAUCCUCCAUCUCUCCCUCCAUCUCUCCCGCCAUCUCUCCCAGGGCUGUGGUACAAGUGGCAGCGGCAGAGGCUGAGGAGGAGGCCAUCUUGGAGACAGAGGCCAAGCUGGAGAAGAUCCGACGGAGCCACGCGGAGAAGGAGAACCAGGAGCUUGAGCAGCUCAGAUACAAGCAGGUUGAGGCCGAGCAGGAGCUGGAGGCGCUGAAGAGCAGGAGGGAGGAGAGACGCCAGGUCAGGAAGGAGGAGGAGCGCAGGAGCAGGGAGGAGGAGCAACAGCGUCUAGCGAAGGAGGAGGUGAUGGUCAACUACUGUGUAGACAUACUGUGAAGCCUACGGCCUCAAGAUACACACACAGAAGGAGAAUAAAUGGUGAUGGGCAUUCCAAGUCUUUUCAGUGAGCUGGAUAAUUUGGCUCCGUUCACCUAAAAGAGCCAUUAAUUUAGCACCCAAAUGGCUCUUCGUUCAGUAGUGCUUAAAAAUGUACCUAGAAGAAUGAAAACAUUGCAAAUUGUGAAUGUAAAGCCUAAGAUCUGCCUACCAUUAUGUCAGAUAGUGAAAUGUGAGUUCAAAUACAUUUUUACCUGACCACAUUAUUACAUCACCUGCCAAAGAUACAUCUGCAAAAAUGUGCAUGGACCUGAAUAAGGCUCUCUCCGACUAUCUAUUGUUCCUGCAGUGAGAAUGUCCUUCAGGUAAUGUUUUUAUCUGCAGAUAAUCGAUGUCUGGAUCUCAAAAAACAGUACUAGCAGUAUGCAAAUCAAGGAGCCAAAUGAACGGCUCUUUCACCGAUGUGAUUUCCGACGUCCACCAAAAAGAUCUGUUCCAAAAGAGCUGUUCAUUCACGAACGACCCAUCACUCUGUUAAACACAUGCAUCACACAUGCAAAAGCAGCUUUAAAUCAGCUAAGCAGGUAUACAGCAGUUGAAUAUAGCACUCACUAAAUGAGCCACCCCUUUGCCUCCAACAGGAGUCUAUGAUACAUGUGUAACGUAGCUAUGAUCACAUGUGGUACACUCUUAGAAAGAAAGGUUCUAUCUAGAACCUAAAAGGGUUUUCAGGCUGUCCCCGUAGGAUAACCUUUUGAAUAACCCUGAUUGGUUCCAUGUAGAACCCUUUUAGUUCCAGGUAAAACCCUUUUAGGUUCCAUGGAGAACCCUUUCCACAUAAGGUUCUACACUGAACCCAAAAGGUUUCUACCUAAAACCAUUAAGGGUUCUAUCUGAAACCAGAAAGGGUUCUACCUGGAACCAAGAAGGGUUCUCCUAUGGGGACAGCCAAAGAACCUUUUUGGAACCCUUUUAACUAGGAGUGUACUGAACCAUUGUGUCUUCAUGUACAGGAGGAGAAGAGGAGGAUGAAGGAGGACAUAGAGAGGAGGAGGAUGGAGGCAGCAGAGAGGAUGAAGAGCCUCAGUACCUCUAGCGUGGACGGAGAUGAGAUGUUUAGCCCGCUCAGUCCCAAAGGCUCCAUCUACAAGGUAGCUAACUUGUCUGUUUCCUCUGUCUAUGUAGCCAAGGUUUGUCAUCAUUGCCCAUGGUCAUAAAUGACAAGUACUGUUCUUAUGAGAUUAUAAUGAUACCUUUGCUUUCAGUAUUUUUUUCAAAUUAAAUUGCUCGGUACUUUGUAUUAUUGUUAAAACAAAGAAAAAAAUACCAAAAUGUGACUUUAUACCAUCUUUACAGCUAUUGUGUUCAGUUUUAAGCCUGUAAAUUGCAUGUGUGUGUUUUAAAUGUCAGAAUUUGCCACAGUCUCCACCACAAUGCAUGUAGUGUGAUCAGGUCACACACAUUUACGUAUGGGUUUGCGAUCUGUGUGUGUGUGUGUGUGAGACAUGUGCAGCUUUGAAGUCGAUCAUUAUUCACUGUUUUGUGUCAAUACAACCACGUCUCUGUCUGUGUGAUGUUAGUUUUCUCUGACAGCAUGUCUCUAUGUACAUACCUCCAUUCCAGUGAAUGAAAAAGGCAGAGACCAUACAAUGUCAUAGUUUUUCAGGCCAAGGCCAAACGGUCGCUGUGACAGCCUGUGUUUACACUGUUCUGUGUUACUGUCCUUCACUCCUUCCACCUCGCUCUGUAAAAAGUAGGGUAGUAAGUUAUUCAGUUAGUUAAUAUAGAUAUACUGUCAGUAGCUAAUAGAUAGUGUUUCCAUGGGUUCAUUUGUUUGAUUUUAGCAUUUACACUGCAUGGCAUGUUGUGAAGGGUUGAGUAUAGUACCAUGUUCCUGCUUCUUGUAUCAUUUCAUUAGACUUGUUGACUGUCAGAUGCAUUCCACAGGGUUUAUAAUCCACUCAGAUCCCAUUAGGAUAUGAAGCCUAAUCACAGUUACUGGCAUUGUGUUCUGCAAGGAGAUUCCAGUAAGGACCCUAGAUAACCUUUUAGAGCUGGAUGUCAUUUCUAACACCCCAACCCUAUGAGCUUGCUUUAUGAGCCUGGCUCAACUCUGACUUUAAUAUAUCAGUCAGAUCAUUGAGAUAGCUAAUUACAUUUUUACAACCAGAUGCAUAUAUCAUGUACCUCUCAUCUGUCAUAAAUGCACUCACUGCAUGUAGCAUUCAGUCACCUUAUCGUCUCCUUGACAGGCAACAAGUUCAGCUACUAAUAAUAUUACGUUUCCAUCCACUAUCUCUUAUUUUUACUUUCUAACCCGACUGUACAGGGUUAUGUGGUUACGGGGUUGCGGUGGUUGUUUCCUUGGGCCUGCAUCUGUAGCGCUGUCAUGAGAUUCUCUCUGAUUAUGUGUGUAAUUUUAGAGAGAGAAUGAAUAGUUUGACAGGAGAACAUACAUGCUCUGUGAGUUGGGGUCGACAGGCUGUGCUCUUUGAUUCAGGUCCAGGGCUGGACAGUGAACAGUCACAUAAGGGAUCCUUUUGUGUGGGAGGAACCAGAGCUUAGUGCUGGAUCCAUUGAAGUAUGACCCCUUUGGCAACCAAGGGUAGAGGACAGGACAUUAUGACCCUGCCUCAAACUAGAACUCCUCUCAUACAAAUAUUAGUAUUUUGAUAAUGACUAGCCUAAAACUUGUAAUCCCAAACACAUUUUCUUUACUAUGAUUCAGUCUGUAAUGCAGUAAAUACACCGAUUCAAGGUAAGGAAUGGGUUUUGGAAGCCUUCCCACACCCUGAUUUCAUUAUAAUUAUGCCUGCAGUAAACCUUGGAUUAAGGCAGUCAGCUUGACUCUCUCUCUGAUGAUAUGAACGGACAGAUACAGGCCGAUGGAGACAGCUGAAAAAGACCAGUAGAACAUUGCUCUGUUUGACUUGGAAGAGAUCUGCUGCGUCAGGCUAAAUACAGGGCUGUGAUUAACAUCACAUUGAUCAUGAGAAUCUCCAGUCUGACAAUUUUAGAAGUCAUGGAACACUUCACUGUUCUAUUCCAAUUCCAAAACAAUCACCUUCAACAUCCUCUUCAUCUUUUUCAGAUCACAGAGAGAACGGAAUCCUUGAACCGAUCCCUAAAGAAAAGGUGAGCAUCAUGCAAGCAAACGAGGCAUUUUGAAUAAGACAAAGCAAACAAACAAAUUCCACAACCUCUGUUGUUCCAAUUGUACUCUCACAUAGUUUCUCUCUAAUCUUGGUUGUAACUUGAAGUUGACCAAAGUCCCACUGGGCCCCCCUGCGGAUGCCUGGAUGGAGAGGUGCUAUCUAUGGCAGAACAGCAGUUAUGCCGGCUAAAUGGCUGGUGUGUAAAAGUAAACAUAGAAGAAGAGGGCCAGCGGUGACCUCUAAACCUCUCUCAGUGCAUCACCUUUGUCAGCCUGGGUGAUUUAUGGCUUGGUUAACUCUGACCAGAUGUGGGGGCUGGAGCCUGGGCUGGCUGGGUUCUCUCUGGUGGCUGGUGAGCUAUAGCUCUGGACUGUGGGGCUGUGGUGUGGCUCCAUGCAGUCUGACCGCAGUAGUAAGUUAUCAGCGGUAAAAAGCUCUGAGCAGUUGGAGUAGUAGAGGCCAGGCCAGUGUUAAAAUAAUAUGGAGAGUGUGAAUGAAAACAGGGCAUAAUAACGACUUUAUCAUCCAGGUGCAGGUUUGAGAUCUGAAGAAUUGAGUGUGACGUCAUGUUUUAGUCUAGGACGGAGGGAGAGUUUAGGUCGGAGGGAGAGUUCAGUGAUGACAUCACUAGUGAUAGUCCUUUGAUGUGUGUAAAAACACUGUUAGACCAAAUCAAAGCAUUCUGGAGAAGAAGUUAUGGGUGACAGACGGCUUCCUUCACCCCUUUACUUAUAACAGCCUUCUCUCAUGCAGAAAGAAAGCAUGACAUCAUUUAGCCAACCCAAUUUUAACGUUUUUGCAGAGCAAAAGACCCUUCAAAUAAAGAUUUGUGGGCCGUGCACGUUUAUCAUGUUAAAACCAUCCUGCCAUGCCUGAAGAACUAGCCAGCCCUAUCAGGCUAAUGACUCAUGCCUUCCAUGGGAGCUCUCUUACUAAUAUAAAUAGCUUUGGGGGCAAUUUUGAAAUGCAGGGAAUAGGCUCAGUAUUUUCAGAUUGGACCCACCCGGUAUGUCUGACAUUAGCUCUGUGUAGUGGAUUUUUAGGCAGCUAGCGGUGUGUGUGUAUGUGUGUUUGGGUAGGGGUCCUUCGCACUGGGUCCCACUGUGGUCAGCGAACAAGCCUCAUAUUGGGCCUGAAAGACAGUGUUGACAGAAGUCCCUGCAAGAGGCCUUGCAAUCCCAUCCCCUGUCUGAUGGCAGUGCAGAUUCAAAUGGCUCAUUUUAUCAAGGGGGUGUAUCACCACACUGAACCCACUGGGCAAAAACUAGUUGAAUCAACUUUGUUUCCACGUCAUUUCAACCCAAAGAUUACAUGUGAUGACGUUGAAUCAACGUGGAAAACUGACUGGAUUUGAAAAAAGUCAUCAACGUAAGAGAAUUGUGUCAGUUUUUUACCCAAAUUAUAACCUAAAUCCAAUGACAUGGUGAUAUUUUUUGUGUAUUUCACGUUGAAUUCAUGUUAGUUGACAACUUAAACAAAUGAUAAAUCAAAACUAGACAUCGAACUGACGUCUGUCCCCAGUAGGAUAUUUCAAUAGGGUAGGGAAAGGAUGAUCCCUGCUCACUUGCAGGCCUGUUGUCAGUCAGAUGAGAUAGUAAAACGUUAUUGUUUUUCUUCCCCCAACCAUUUGUCCUCUUGUGUUGUAUUUCACCCUCUGACCGAGCGUCUCUAUUUUGGAUACAGCAACAGCUUCAAGAAGACACAGCCCCCUGUUCUCCUCACCAAGAUCGAUGACAGGCUGGAGCAAUACACCACUGCCAUCGAGGUUAGCUCCCACCUUGUUUCUCCCCCUUUCUCCCUCCCUACAUCCCGACAGACAGAGCCCCCAUUGAUGGGGGCUGUGAUGAAGGCUUUCAUCUGGUGACUACUCAGCCAGACUUCUCUGCCACCUUCUCUGCCUCUUUAUAGGUGACACACUGUGUCAGUAUCACACAUACAUAGUUAUAUUGUAACUCAGAGUCAGUCUCAUAUCAGCCUUAGUAACAACUUUCCAUCCAACCUUUUUAUGCGAGUAAAGUACAUGUCAGAUAAAACAUGUCACGACAGGCCUGAUGGAAACAGCAAAUUUGUCUUCAAACUUUCCAAAUGUCGACAAAACAAAAUACGCUAUACAAGGUGGGAUCUUUCUGUGUCUGUAAAAUUAAUUAUGCAAGAAAUGUCUGUGGAAACGCAUUUAUGCGCAAAUAUUGAUAUAAAAACCAUCAUAUCGAGGUAAACUGGGAGUCACGCGAUGAUAUGUUUUGUGGUACUCCCACUACGACUCGUUGGGAAAGCAUGACGUUGUUUUGGGCUAGAGUCAGAUGAAAUAAGUUAUGAUGAACUUCACAGGGUGGUGAAAGUGCACGUGAUGAGCUUGACGCUCCUUUCCAAUAAAUAUUGAGGGUCUUAUUCUAGUGACAUGAUGAUCAAUGCUUGACUGUAGGCUAUACCCGCACUAUAGACCAGAGUGGGCACAUUCGCAAUAUAAUGCAAUAUUUUUACCAACAAAACCAUCAGUAGAGUUUAAAAUAUUUGUAUUUGCUCUAUGUCAUCACGCACAGCCUUUUAUCCGCAACGUCAGUUUGAUGGAUACACCCCUCUGAUGGGAAAUUGUGCAUGUUGUUUUUAGAAUAUUUGCAUGAAAAUCAGUCGACAAUUGGAUGGAAACAUGUCGAUAUCACUGUUUACACAUCAAAGUCAGUCACGUGGCCUUAGUCAGGCCCAGUCCGUCAAACCACCUGUCUACUCUAUAAUUUGGGAGAGGAUUGAUGGGCAUUUGAGGCUUAGCUUGCUUUCUCAUCUCCUGAGUGGUGCCUGAGUCAUACUAUAAGUACAUGGGAGUAGUUGUGUGUGUGGGGCCCUCCUACUGCUCUCCCAUGAAGUCCCUAUUGCAUCAUCAGAUCACUAGCAUGCUAUGUUCACUGUUUUUCUAGACUUUGUUACUCAUUGUGUCUAAUUAUGUGCUAACUGUGCCACUAGAGAUCCUGGUUCGAAUCCAGGCUCUGUCGCAGCCGGCCGCGACCGGGAGACUCAUGGGCGGCGCACAAUUGGCCCAGCGUCGUCCAGGGUAGGGGAGGGAAUGGCCGGCAGGGAUGUAGCUCAGUUGAUAGAGCAUGGCGUUUGCAACACCAGGGUUGUGGGUUCGAUUCCCACGGGGGGCCAGUAUAAAAAAAAAAAUGUAUUCACUAACUGUAAGUCGCUCUGGAUAAGAGCGUCUGCUAAAUGACUAAAAUGUAAUAAUAAUAAUAAUAUGCCAUUUAGCAGAUGCUUUUAUCCAAAGCGACUUACAGUCAUGAGAAAAUGUAAAUGUAAAAUGUAUGUUAUGCUGUGUUUUAUACAACGGGUGGGUCUAAUCCUGAAUGCUGAUUGGUUAAAACCUCAUUCCAGAUGGUGUCUAUUCCACAAGUUACCACCGGCUAAAUCUAUGACGUUAAAAUGCCUAUUUACUCUGUUCCACCUGACUGCGCAAUCCACUGUCUCAUCAGUCCAGCCAGGCAAUUUAUAAACUUCAUCUCCACUAUAAAAAGCCUCUAGACAUUAUCUCACAUUUCUUUUAGACUUCAUAAGAUGAAUAUCAGUGAACAAGCUUGAUAAAUAUGCUUUUUGAUCUGGAGUUUUGUUAUAUGCAAAUGUCCAUGCAAAUGGUCAAUAAAGUAUAUUGUAUCGUUAUGUUGUGUAGUAUUCCCAGGAGGUCAAGGCAGCCAAACAGGGCCUGAUGGACAUUCCCAUGUCGCCUGAGGCAGUGUCCUCCAAGAAGAAUUUGUUUGAGGCUGGAGAGGCCUGGAACCAGUGCCCGACCAAAGGCACACCAACCAAGGCAAGGAAACACCCCUAUAACGUUACAUACACAUGAAUUAAUAAAGUCAUAGAAGUCUAAGUCAUUUCUCACCAUCGCCAAUGACUGAACAUUAUACACCCAACAACAUAAAUUGAACCUUAUGGAUACAAAACAUGUGAAUGCUCAUUACAUACAGUAUCUGCCUGGAGUUAUACUGUCAAAUUAAAUUAAAAUGGUAUUUGCCACAUGCGCCGAAUACAACAGGUGUAACCCUUACCGUGAAAUGCUUACUUAAAAGCCCUUAAUGUAAGAGUUAAGAAAAAUAUUUACUAAAUAAACUAACGUAAAAAAUAAAAGAGCAACAAUAAAAUAACAAUAGUGAGGCUAUAUACAGGGUGUACCGGUACCGAGUCAAUGUGCGGGGUUACAGGUUCAUCGAGGUAAUUGAGGUAAUAUGUACAUGUAGGUAGGGGUAAAGUGACUAUGCAUUGAUAAUAGAUAAUAAACAGCGAGUAGCAGCAUCGUAAAAAAAGGGGGGGUCAAUGCAAAAAGUCUGGGUAGCCAUUUGAUUAGCUGUUCAGCAGUCUUAUGGCUUGGGGGUAGAAGCUGUUAAGAAGCCUUUUGGACCUAGACUUGGCGCUCCGAUACCGCUUGCCGUGCGGUAGCAGAUAGAACAGUCUAUGACUAGGGUGGCUGGAGUCUUUGACAAUUUUUUGGACCUUCCUCUGACACCGCCUGGUAUAGAGGUCCUGGAUGGCAGGAAGCUUGGCUCCAGUGAUGUACUGGGCCGUACGAACUACCCUCUGUAGCACCUUGCGGUCGGAGGCCGAGCAGUUGCCAUACCAAGCAGUGAUGCAACCAGUCAGGAUGCUCUCGAUGGUGCAGCUGUAGAACUUUUUGAGGACCCAUGCCAACUCUUUUCAGUCUGCUGGGGGAAUAGGCAUUGUCGUGCUCUCUUCACAACUGUCUUGGGGUGUUUGGACCAUGAUAGUUUGUUAGUGAUGUGGACACCAAGGAACUUGAAGCUCUCGACCCGCUCCACUACAGCUCCGUCGAUGUGAAUGGGGGUGUGCUCAGCUCUCCUUUUCCUGUAGUCCACGAUCAGCUCCUUUGUCUUGCUCACGUUGAGGGAGAGGUGGUUGUCUUGGUACCACACUGCCAGGUCUCUGACCUCCUCCCUAUAGGCUGUCUCGUCAUUGUCGGUGAUCAGGCCUACCACCGUUGUGUCGUCAGGAAACGUAAUGAUGGUGUUGGAGUCGUGCGUGGCCACGCAGUCAUGGGUGAACAGGGAGUACAGGAGGGGACUAAGCACGCACCCCUGAGGGGCCCCUGUUUUGAGGAGCAGCGUGGCAGAUGUGUUGUUGCCUAGACUGGAGACACAGAAAUCUACCUAGCUCUCUUUCAAAAUAGAUUUACACACUGUGCAGAUGUCUAAUUAUAUCUGUCCCAAUGCUACUCUCCAUGCUAUUGUAUGGUUGUGAUCUCAGACCUCUGUUUAUAGUCCUCCCACCCCAGGCCACAGCCCCCUCUCUCCCCGAUGUGAUGUCUUUAAUUACUGUAUCCCAUUCAUCGUGUGCAGGCCAGGGUUCUUUGAGGUAACCAGAAAGGCAUGGCAGCUUGACCCCGGGGAGAGAGGAAUAACAAACAGCAUGUGAGCCACGGCGGUACAGAUCUGAGCCCCUUAUGGCUGUUGUUUAUUUUAACUCUCUACGACAAAUGUGUGGUUUCCCCCCACCCCUCUCUCCGGUACCUCAGAGGUAUUCCAUAGCAUGUACAGACGUAGGAUCUUAAUUUGAGCCAGUAUGCUACAGCAGGCAAAUAAUCCUGCAGCAAUAGGAAAUGUUAAUUAUUAUGUGGAUUACAAUUAAUUGACAUUAUUGUAGGGGCUGAUACAUUUUUCGUAAAGGAAAAUCAAGUCUGAAAUUUCAAAGUGGAAAUUACAAACUUCAGAAGCCUUUCUAAACCACAAAUAUAUUACAAGUUUUACAAUUCCUGCAUUGCUGGAAAGUUAUCCUGCAACAGGGUGAUCAAAUUAAGAUCCUACAUCUGUAGCAGUAGCUGCUAACCUGCCCCCAGAGAUACAGUAUGUCUUACCCUUUCUAGCACCAUGCUAACAGCUUUCACCGCAGGAGUAGCCCUAAAGAAAAUAAAUCUACAGGCCAAUGGACCAGACAGGCUAGCUUGAAAGGAGAUGAGUGAGAGGACAAUGGAGAGUAAAUUACAGAAAAUAAGUUGCAUGGCAGUCUGAAGGAUGCAGCCACAGAGCAGCAGUCUUGAGCCAGUUUGCUACAGCAGGAAAAUAAUCCUGCAGCCACAGGAAAUAUGAAUUAUUAUGUCGAUUAUAGUUGAUGGGCAUUAUUGUAGGGGCUGAUAUGUUUUCCAUAAAUGGAAAUUACAAACUUCAGAAGCCUUUUUAACCUCAAAUGCACUGCAGGUUUAACAUUUUCGGCAUUGCAGGAAAGUUCUCCUGCAACAGGGUGAUCAAAUUAAGAUCCUACAUCUGUAGCCUAAUGGUGUAUAACCUCGUAUGGAUGAAAGAGAGCUGCCUAAUCUCUGCACCCAAAACCAAAACCAAAUCUUGUGUGUGUGCUGGACAGCUACAUUUAUCAGUAACAGUCUGUCACAAGAGACUAGGGAAUGGAAGUGUCUUGAUGAACGCCUGAGUGGAAAUAUGUGUAUGUGUGUGUGUGCCAGCAGGAUGCUGAGAGUCUGAAGGUGGGCGUGGCGGACAUGAUCACCCAGUGGGUGAAGGGGAACCCAGAUGGCACCAGCAGCAGUUCCCCAUCAAGACCAGCUGUAAGUCUCGCUCAGAACAGUCGUGUACAGUACAGUAUAUAGUGUAUAUGGGUAUACGUCACAGGAGGUUGGUGGCACCUUAAUUGGGGAGAACGGGUUCAUGGUAAUGGCUGGAGCGGAAUCGGUGGAAUGGUAUCAAAUACAUCAAACACAUGGUUUCCAUGGGUUCCAGGUGUUUGAUGACAUUCCAUUCGCUCCGUUCCAGCCAUUAUUAUGAGCCGUUCUCCCCUAAGCAGCCUCUACUGGUAUACGUUUACUGUAUUUGGCUCUGCAUUUCACCACAGUCUGCCUGCGGAGCACACACUACCGCCAACCGCUUUUCCGUCACUAUUCUCUAGCACUGGCAUCGCCUUCACAGAAGUGGCUUCUGGUUCAACAAUGUAGUAAGAAGUCACACUGGGUUUUCUCAUCCCCUUUAGAGAGACUGAAUCAUCUUCAUCAAAAUACAGCAUCUGCGUAUCUACUUCCUAUACUUUCAUUCCUCAUUCUUGUUAUUUCAACUGUCUUCACGUCUUCCCUUCUCAAGGUAACUGCUCUUUUCGCUCUCUUUCCCUUACCUCCCUUUUUUCCUUCUGAACUGUUCUACAUGGAAGUGUUUGUAGCACAGCUGUAGUGCACCAGGCAUGCAGAGAAUCAGAGAUGUGUGUGUACAGUCAGCCUUAUCCAAGGUUGACAUCUAGUGGGGCGUAGAGUUCUACGUUCAGAACAGUGGAGGCUGCUGACAGCUCAUAAACAUGGCUGGAACGGAGUGAAUGGAAUGGCAAUUGACCGUGUGUUUGAUGUAUUUGAGACCAUUCCAUUCAUUCCGCUCCAGCCAUUACAACGAGCCCGUUCUCCCCAAUUAAGGUGCCACCAACCUCCUGUGGUUCAGAACCAAAGCACAGAGGGUUGCUUGUCUUGCAUGGCUCCCAAAAGCAUUUUAUAUACAACUCUCCAGAAAGCAUUUGAAGAGUUGCUGUUUGGUGCUGUUCAUUCCCCAGGAUGUAAAAGCUGGUGACGUGAUGCAGAAAAAGAACAUGUGGGAGAUCAUUGGAGAAACAUCCCCUGGGAGUUCAGGAGCAGGAGCAAAGGUGAACGUGCUCACACACACACACACACACACACACGCUCACACACACACACACGCUCACACACACACACACAUGUAUGCACGCACGCACACACACACACACGCAUGCACGCACGCACACACACACACAUCAAUACACACGUACAGUAUUUGAAUAUUCUGUGUCAAACAGUGUAUAAUAUACUGUGGCAAAUUCUCUCUGUUCUAAAUCAGUCUCUAUGCUUUUCAGGGCAAUCCAUCUGGUAAAAAGUACAAAUUUGUGAUGACUGCUCAUGGCAAAUAUGAGAAAAUUCCUGUUGAUGAUGAAAAUAUGGAUGGAUACACCAAUGGAAAAGCAGGUGAGAUGACUGGGUCUAGACAA